UCUUAGCUCCUUUUUCGGAUGAAAACAAAGCCUGCUAACAUUGGAGGUCGGUGAACUAGCAUUAGAAACCAGCGCCGUUACACGAAUACUUGUAACUACGCACAAGACUAACACAGCUACAUUUAACGGCAGUGGCAAGCUUGAAGGUCCAUCAGCUCUCCUCAUGAUAAAUUAGUGUUAAGGCACUUCUGUACUUCCUAAGGAUGGCUAGUUGUGGAGAGGUAGACCACUCUGUCAGCUCGCUUCCAUCCAGUAAGAAAGGCAACAACAGUGGCGGUGGAAGUGGGAACAGUGCAGAAUCCUCAUGCUCUGGCUCCAGUAACUCAUCCCCAGCUCUGCCUGUACCGGAGUGUGCCAUCUGUCUGCAGAGCUGCUCCCACCCAGUCCAACUGCCAUGCCAUCACGUCUUCUGUUUCCUGUGUGUGAAAGGAGCAUCCUGGCAGAGCAAACGCUGUGCUCUCUGUAGACAGGAAGUACCGGACGACUUCCUGGAAAGGCCUACACUUCUCUCUCCGGAGGAGCUGAAGGCAUCGGCGGGAGGUCGGGGUGGGGCAGCAAGUGAUCACGCCUGGUAUUAUGAGGGCCGUAAUGGUUGGUGGCAGUACGAUGAGCGAACCAGCCGCGAGCUGGAGGACGCUUUUUCCAAGGGCAAGAAAACCGCUGAAAUGCUGAUUGCUGGGUUUUUGUAUGUAGCUGACUUGGAGAACAUGGUGCAGUACAGGCGCAAUGAGCACGGUCGUAGGCGCAAGAUGAAGAGGGAUGUUUUGGAUAUCCCCAAGAAGGGAGUGGCGGGUCUGCGCCUCGACACUGAUGGUGUUACUGCGGCCAUUGGGGCAGCUGGUCGAGAAAACUCUGCUGAUGGGGCAGAUAUGACAGUGGCAGGUGUACAGCAGCAGGUUACAGGUAUCCCCCCUACUGUUAUAGCCACUGCCAGACCUCCCACCUCCCUUGGUGGUCAGCCUGGCAACAGCAGCCCCACUCUGGAGGAUACUCUCUCCCAACUGCAAAUCAGCACUAGGCCCACACCUUCUCAUGAGCGGUCUGAGGCUGGGGAAGGCGAGGAAGAAGAUGAGGAAGAGGAGGCCUCACCCUCCAGGUCCUCUGACCCUCACACCUCUGUGGAUGAGUCUGGCUCUGGAGACUGGAGCGAUGAUGAAGAAGACGAGGGGGGAGAUGGAGAGCGUGUAGAGCCCUCGGAGGACAGGCCGCGGGGGCAAAGACUGAAUCCAGAAGACAGAUCCCCUCCUGGUGCUGAGUCUGCCUUGCCUCCUUCUUCAUCCAGUAGCAGUGGAAGGUCCAGAAUGCCCGAUGGCCAGUGCACAGUGACUGAAGUGUGAAGUCAUCAACGAUGCCAUCGUCACCAAAUUGCUAUGUUCCAUUUCAUUAAUUUAUUCCUCACUGUAUGCUGUCGUUUACUCUGUCACGGAUCGGCUGUGGGUAAGAAAUUAAACAUAACGUACUCUCAUGUUGUUCUUUUUUAGGUAAACAACAAUAUUUUAGCAAUCAAAUUUGGUGUCUCUAUUUUGCUCACAAUAAUCUGGAUGUAUCUGUAUGGCGUGUUUUCAGCCUCAUCCACUAUAUAGAGCAGUAGAAGUAUUGUUGCGUGUGCAAGUACUGACGGGAGGCACGGCUCGUUAAUGAGUCGGAUGGAUACAACAUGUUGUUGUGAGGCGGGACAUCUCAUAAUUGUCUAUCCAGCACAUCAUGUGAGGUAGCAUACUUAUUUUGGUGUUCAGCUGCCAUCAGUCUGCUCACUUUUUGCCAUUUGGUUGCAGGCAUAUCACGUUUAUUUGAAAAAUUUCACAGAAGUGGAAGUUAAAAAUUUAAAAAUUACUUUCCACUCUGCGUCUGCCUAUCCAAGGUAGUCUGGUGUUGAAAUUGAUUCUCCUCCUACCCAGAGGGGUUUGUGGGAGUCCAGUCAGGUCUGUGACAGUCGAGGGACAAAGCAUAAAUGGGGAUGUUACUCCCGACAAUGGAUCUCUUUAUCAUGAUCACGAACAGCUGCAUUCUAAUCAUCUACACUUUAACUCUCUCAGCUAACAUAGCACACAGAAAUGGGCUCGUUAGAGCUCAAGUCAUCCAACUACUCUUGCAAAGAAUUUAAUCCUUGAUAAUAGCUAGUUCCCAACCGCCACUACCUAACUGAUUUCUCUUACUUCAGAUUGAACUAAUUAUGAAGGCUUUCCUUCAGAAUUCUGACAUUUAUCCGCUGACUUUGGCAAUUGUGUUGUUUCAGAGCAGAUUGUGGUUUGAAGAAAAUCUUUAGGUCGUUUAUCCAGAUAAAAAAGGAAACAUAAAAGUACUUUGCUAUUCAAUUAAUGUGCUACAACAUUGUAACUCAAGAGCCCACAGGAUUAUCUGGCUACCUGCUGAUGGUUCGUCUUUGAUUUGAUUGCAAUUAACCUAAGGCUACUAAAAUCUGUAUUGAUUACAAAUCCUGUUUUAAAUGAAUGUGAAUUAUAAAAGUACAUCUUGACUUGAUUUUAGCCUUUCCCAGCUUUAAAUAAUUGGCAUUUUAAUGUGAAGUGUCAGUGUUUUCAUUUUGAGAGCUGUUGAGGCCUCUGUAGCCUCAUGAGUAUUCUUAUUGUCCCUGACUCAAGUAUUCUCAAUUGGUGUGUUUCUAAAGUUUUGUGAUUUGUGCAUGUUUUAAGAGAGAGUUACUUAAUCACUACUGGUCGGCAGGAUGAUGAGAAUUGAUAUUUUUGUGUUGAGUUUAUGUUUUUAAUUUGUUUUUUUGUGUCUUAUGGUUGUAAAUCUGUAUGAUGUCUGAGGCAGUCAGAGAACAAUAACAUGACGCUGCUAUUGGCCACACUGCAGAGAUUUCAAGUUAUGUCAUUUUUAUAUUUGUUACAUCAGCUCAGUCUUAGACUUUUCAUUCUGAAGAAUAAAGUUUGUGUAACAGUUUUUGCUUGGCAACUUUUUUGUUACAUGGUUUGUAAUUUAAGAAUAAAUUGUCAUUUCAUCAUCCUAAAAUUA